AUGGACUCUUCCCCGCCUCCCCCCACCAGUGUUUCGUCAUGGAACCACCACCGGCAGCACUUAAAUAGAGGCCCUGGGCAGACUGUGGGGCGAAGACUGGAGACGCUGCACAAGGUCCUGCGCUGCACCUCAGGACCCAUCCUGCCUGCCCAGCCACCCUGCAGGAGCAUGGCUUUUGCUGGUGCUCUUUGCUGGUUGCUCACCUGCCUCCUGCUCUGCAGCGCUGCCCCAAAACCCACCUGUGACCCCAGUACCUGCACCUCAUGCUCUGAAAGGGAGGUGGAGGAGUCACCCACCCCUGCUGACAGCAGCUGCUGCUCCCAGUGCCCCCCAGCCUGUGCCUGCCCCCCGCACCUGGAGGACGACUGCAAGAUGCAAGGCUUCACCAGUGGUCACGUCCCUGCCGGCCGCUCCUUCUACAUUGACUUUGCCCGCAAGCUGUGCACCUGCGGCCCCAGUGGGGACAUCACCUGUGCCUCGCUCUGCCCCCGCCUGCCCCCCACCUGCCAGGCCGUGGGCAGCCCCGUGGCUGACGGCUGCCCCCGCUGCGUCUGCUACAAUGAGGAGGAGAUGGCAGUGCCUGCUGGCACCGUCAUUGCCCAGGGCACCCGGGUCUGCACCUGCCCUCCCGAGGGGGGCCAGCUGCAAUGCAGUGGCGGGGAGAGCAAGGAGUGAACCUCUCCUGUCUGCUGGCCAAGGGCAGGAGGACAGGGGAGCCUCUCUGGCAGCAGAAGGCUUUCUGUGCCGUGGGGCACCCUCGCUGAAAAGCGUUAAAUGUUUCAAACUCUCCUAAAGGACUUGGCAAUGAGCGUGGCUGUGGCACAGGGUGCUGGAGAGGUGCCACUUUGCAUGUCAUGUAUAGGCCGGGGCAAAGCAUCU